CCCUCCCGCCGCCGGCCGUGCCCGGGCCGGUCCCCGCGGGGCGGAGCGGCCGCUCGAGGUCGCUGCGCGGCGGAGCGGGGCGGUUAAACGGCCAUGGCGGUGUUCGUGACGCGGCGGAUCCCGGCCGAGGGGCUGCGGGUCCUGUCGCAGGCCGCCGGGUGCCACGUCCAGCUGUGGGACUCGGAGGAGCCGGUGCCGCGGGCCGAGCUGCUGGCGGGCGUGUCGGGGAAGCGGGGGCUGCUCUGCCUCCUGUCCGACCGCAUCGACCGCGAGGUGCUGGACGCGGCCGGGCCCGGCCUGAAAGUGAUCAGCACGAUGUCCGUGGGGUUUGACCACCUCGCCCUGGACGAAAUUAAGAAGCGAGGGAUCCGCGUGGGGUACACGCCUGACGUGCUGACCGACGCCACCGCAGAGCUCUCUGUAGCUUUGCUCCUGGCCACGUGCCGCCGGCUGCCCGAGGCGGUGGAGCAGGUGAAGAAUGGUGGCUGGACAACAUGGAAGCCCUUGUGGAUGUGUGGCUAUGGUCUGUCUGAUAGCACGGUGGGCAUCAUAGGUCUGGGAAGAAUAGGACAGGCAGUUGCCCGCCGCCUGAAGCCCUUUGGAGUCAAGAAGUUUCUGUACACUGGCAGUCACCCAAAACCUGAGAACGCUGCGGAGUUUGGGGCCGAGUUCGUCCCGCUCACCAGGCUGGCCGAAGAGUCGGACUUCGUUGUGGUGACCUGUGCUUUGACUCCGGCCACCCAGGGAAUGUGCAACAAGGACUUCUUCAGCAGAAUGAAGAAGACCGCUGUGUUCAUUAACACAAGCAGGGGGGCCGUGGUGAACCAGCAGGACCUGUACGACGCGCUGGCCCAGGGCCAGAUCGCAGCGGCGGGGCUGGACGUGACGACGCCGGAGCCGCUGCCCACGGACCAUCCCCUGCUGUCCCUCAGGAACUGCGUGAUCCUGCCGCACAUCGGGAGCGCCACCCACGCCACGCGGAGCACCAUGGCCGUGCUGGCGGCUGACAACCUUCUGGCCGGGCUGCGAGGGGACCCCAUGCCCUCCGAGCUGCUGCUGUGACGGCCGGAGCACCAUGAGCCCCGGGAGCCGCUGCGGUGACAGCCAGAGCACCACGAGCCCCGGGAGCCACCGCGGUGACAGCCGGAGCACCACGAGCCCCGGGAGCCGCCGCGGUGGGGCCGGUGCCCCGGGAGCUCCCGCCGGCUGCAGGACCAGCAGGGCUCCCGGGGAAGCGUGGCAGAGCGCGCUGUGCUCCUCAUCGCCGUGCAGCCGCGGGGCAACCGCGUGGGGGCAUUAAAGAGAAACAGUGAA